AUGACUUUAAUUUGGUUUACUUUGUGUAUAAGAUUAUCCUUGUAGAUAUUAUAACAUGCUUUUUAGUAGUACAGGUACUAUGGGUUUUGUUCCUGGAGCACCUGAAGACAAUGAACUUCCUCCUUCCUUCCCUAGUGUUUAUCCUCCUCAUCAAGAAUUUCAAGGAAUUUCAUCGAUGUUAAUGAGGAGAGCCAUGUCAUUCGACCAUCAAGAUUCGCGAGUAGACGAUAUUGACAUGUCGGAUGAUGAUGGCUCUUCACAAUUGCUUGGUGAGAAGAAGAGGAGAUUGAAUUUGGAACAAGUGAAAGCACUUGAAAGAAGUUUUGAAAUUGGUAACAAACUUGAACCUGAGAGGAAAAUGCAAUUGGCUAGAGCUUUAGGGUUGAAACCAAGACAGAUUGCAAUUUGGUUCCAGAACAGAAGGGCAAGAUGUAAGACUAAACAAUUGGAGAAAGAUUAUGAAAUAUUGAAGAGACAGUGUGAUAAACUUAAGUCUGAUAAUGAUGCACUCAAGACUCAAAACAAGAAUCUUCACUCUGAGUUGCAGAUACUGAGUCUGAGGAACAGAGAAUCAGGAGGAGGAGGUACACCAAUUUUGUUUAAUCUGAACAAAGAAAAUGAAGGUUCAAAUUGGAACAAUGGAAGUGGUGAUGAGAAUAGUACAAUAAUAGAUGUAAAUCUUGGAAGAACAUCAUCAACAAACAGUCCACAUAACAACAACAAUCAUGAUCAUGUUUUUCAAACAGCUAAUUUUAAAAUAGAAGAACAAACUCAUGAAGAAGGAUUUUGCAACAUGUUCACUAAUGUUGAAGAUCAAACAAACUAUUGGCCAUUGCCAGUGCAGCAACAUUUUUACUGAAACUUGUAAUUCAAAUUUAAAACUUUUUUUUUGUUUUGUUUUGUUUUUGGUCUUCUUGUUGAUCAUCUUAUGGCAAUUGUUUAUUAAUUAAUUGUGUGUAUAGUGAAAUGCACAUAUGUUAUCGUACCAGAAUUAUAUUAUCACCAUAG